CUGUUUUUCAAUCACACACAGAACGGCAAAAUCAAUGGGCAGUUUUUUCCACUUCUAAAAAGACAAGGAACCUACCAACAACAGGAUGUGCUGUCAUUAACAUAAAGUUAACUUGUGGAGUUUUUGUAGUACACCACUAUGGGGUUUGGGGAACUCUUGGAGCAGGUAGGGAGCACAGGACGCUUCCAGGUCCUGCAGACGACCCUUCUCCUCAUACCUAUGAUGUUGAUGGCCAGUCACAACCUGCUGCAGAACUUUGUGGCUUUGGUUCCCCCUCACUUCUGCAAUGCACACACAAACCUGUCCCAGUCCCAGAUGAGUGCAGAGGAAGCGCUGCUGGUCACGGUGCCGCUGGACCAGACAGGGAAGCCAGACAGGUGCUUGCGUUACGCGGCUCCACAGUGGCACCUCCUGACAAAAAACGGGAGCUCCAGUUCAGGGAAGGAGGGAGACACUAACGCUGGUUUGGAUGUCGACCUGCAGGGAUGUUCCGAUGGAUGGACCUAUAACAUGACUCACAUGAAAUCCACAAUCAUAUCUGACUGGAAUUUGGUGUGUGAUCGGCGGGCUUUGAAGCAAAUGGGACAGACGGUCUACAUGGGAGGUGUGCUUCUGGGUGCUGUUGUCUUUGGAGGUCUUUCAGACAGAUAUGGUCGACGCAUCCUCUUGCUUAUUUCUCACCUGCUGAUGGCUGUGUCAGGAACAUGUGCUGCUUUCUCCACUGCCUUCCCGCUCUUCUGCCUGUUCCGCUUUGGCUGUGGCAUGGCUCUGGCCGGCAUGGGGCUCAACACCUUCUCGCUCAUUGUGGAGUGGAUCCCCACUAGUGUGCGAACAAUAGUGGGGACAAUGACAGGUUACUGCUACACAGUUGGACAGUUGAUACUGGCGCUCAUCGCGUACUUCAUCCGGGACUGGAGGUGGUUAACCCUGGCUGUGUCUUUGCCUUUCUUUGUCUUCUUCCUCAUUGCAUGGUGGUUUCAUGAAUCUUCAAGAUGGUUAGUUAUGAGUAAUAACCAUGAACAAGCCAUCAAGAACCUUAAAAGUGUGGCGAAAUUUAAUGGACGGAAGGAAGAGGGAGAGAAAAUCGACAUGAAGAGGCUGCAGGAAACCAUGAAGAAAGAGAUGUCCUGCUCACAAGGCACCCACUCUGUCCUGGAUCUGUUCCGCACACCUACAAUGAGGAGAAUGACGAUCUGCCUCAGUGCUGUCUGGUUAUCCACGAGCUUUGCUUACUACGGUCUUGCAAUGGAUCUGCAGAAGUUUGGGGUGGACAUCUACUUGAUCCAAGUGAUCUUCGGAGUUGCCGACAUCCCUGCUAAAGUCGUCAUAGUCGUAUCUAUGAGUUAUUUUGGACGGCGCACAUCACAAAGUGGGGCUCUCAUCAUCGCUGGAACCACUGUUUUGAUCAACCUGCUGAUACCUUAUGAUAAACAGACUGCACGCACGUGUAUGGCUGUACUGGGUAAAGGUUGCCUCGCUGCCUCAUUCAACUGCUGCUAUCUCUACUCUGGAGAACUGUUCCCAACAAUCAUCCGGUAA